UUCUUGACCCCUUCACACACACCUCUGCUAGUCAGGCCAAAAGAAGUAUCGCUCAACUACAACCUUGUACAGACUUCUCCUCCCUUCUACCCAUUGCAUCUGGCCAUUAUCCUGCCAGCAUCCCUCGCCUGCUAUCCGUCUUCUACCUAUUUGUUCGUCGCAGAAUGUGCGUCCUCCAACACCUCACUGGAGACCUUUUCGGCUACUUCUUGCGCGCUCCAUCCAGUUGAUACCGGCAUUCCUCCGCCAUCAUUGGACUAGACACGGAAAUGAUUAUUCAACAUGGUGGGUGUUCCGGGAAAAAGCAAAGGUUGCAGCACCUGCCGGCGCCGCAAGAAAGGUUGUGAUCAAAAGCGUCCUGUGUGCGGCCAAUGUGCCUCGAGCGGAUAUGUUUGUGGAGGGUACAAACGCGACAGGACAUUCAUCCUACAUCCUGCCAGCAAAGCCGUUGAAAAAGCCGUCUUCCUUCCUUACGCGAGAUCCAUCGGUACUCCUAUCCUCGGAUCUCUCAACCAGUGUGCCGUCCAGUCACAAUGUCGAAGCCUCUUCUGGGAUCUGUACAUGCCACAAGGCGACUGUGUGGUUCGCGACGCUUUCCUGCUCAAUUGCGGCCACCCUAUGAAUUGGACCGAACUCAUACAAAAGGUUUCGAAACAAGAGCGACCUCUUGAAGACGCAUUUUCCGCUUUGAGCAUAUCGAGAGUCGGUCAGGCCAAUAACGAUAUUCGUCUUGUACGCGAAAGUAGCAAGGUCUAUGGUCGGGCCUUGAAAGAGUUACAGGGAGCACUCAUCGACCCAACACGCAUGUAUUCGGACCACAUCCUGAUGGCUUGCAUGUUGCUUGGACUAUACGAGCUCUUUGAAGGUCCAGGACUGCAUUCCCUCAAUUGGGUCGCACACGCCCAAGGCGCUGCUCGGCUCAUCGAGCUUCGAGGUCCAGAGCGCCAUCAGCACUGGGAUGCUCAUCACCCAUUCCUUGCUUCUCGAAUUCCGACAGUAUACGCUGCAAUAUUGCAGAGAAAAUCAACCUACCUGGCGACCGAAGAAUGGCUCACGAUUCCCUGGGCUCAACAACGCCAUAAGACAUAUUUCGACCGUCUGGUCGACAGUGUGACUACGAUCCCGGGUCUCAUGGAAAAAUUCGACAUCCUUCGCGAAAGCAAUUCCGAUGUUGGAGACGAGCUUGUCGAACUGUUGGGAGAGUGCAAGACUGUUCAGGUGCACAUGGAUCGAUGGCGGGACGGCACCAAGAAAGGAGCUACGCCUCGUGUGCAAAAGCAUGAUUCCAACGACAACGAUGACUACCCGUUUGGAACCGACCUUUGGUUUGAAAAUCAUCUAUUUGUGCAUGCCCGCGUGGUUUAUUAUGCUGCUUCUUUGGUCUUGGCUGAGGUGGCCGAUGAUAUUAUUCAGGCCAUCGAACUACGCGGUCAUAAGCUGCCCCCUUCGAUCAAGCCAGUGACGCUCAGGGAUCUACUCAACGCCGAACGCUACGCGGCCAACAUAUGUCGGACGGUAACUUAUUGUUUACAACCGGAAAUGGGAGCAUGGGGUGCCAAUAUUGUGAACUUUCCCGCCAACCUCGCUUACAUCUACUUCCAACGGAUCGGCCGUACUGAUGCCACGACUUGGCUUGAGAAAAUGUUUGAAACAGUCAAACAAAGAGGAGUUCACGCAGAGACCAUCCCUAGCUGGCUCUUCGGGGAUCCAUCAGGAAAAGAGGAGCACAGUUACCACGUAAAGCGAGAGUCCAGCACUGAGUCUGGUGAGAGUGGGGACUCGCCAGGCUCAAGUCAAAGUAUUUCCAGUGCAGUUACGACCUUUGUUUACGAAGAUCCUUCCAAGGGCUACUAUGUUGCGACCGAUGAUCCCGAUUGAGACAACAACUGGAUGCAGUCAAAUCACCGCAUUAGACUGCUUCAUAUCUCUUUUUCCACAACAACACUAUGGUGACAUCUGCAACGAUGCCCAUUCAACAUGACCAGCACUGGCCAGCUAGGUCAUCCAAUUUCACCGACUCCCAGGACAAGCGAUCGACGCCGAUGAAAAUUCUAGCGCGGCCGAGAUGGAUCCCUGGGAUUGUCAAAGGUGCACAAGGCUCCAGAGGGACACCUCUCGAAGCGGCUCCCGGCUUUCAUCGUUCUGACAUUCGUGAUGUCAAAUUACGAUUAAGGAGGAUUCUCCUUCGACAGCCGAUCGAGGUUUCGAGGCGCGAUUUUUCAGGCAACGACUUGAGUCAUUGUCGCAAACAGUGGCCGGCGGGUCUGCAC